CCACCGAUUAUUUACAAAGUUGCUAGGGAAGUCGUCGGUCGGCCGUACUGUUUAUCAUUUUGUGUACUUACUCUUCCGGUUUCCCCCGAUUCGUAUCAUCACAUUAGAUCCAAAUAAAAUCUCAAACCAAAAUGAGUGUAAGAACAUACAAUCCGUCCGUGCGAGUUGCAAACUGGAUUGAAGAUAUUUGUCUUGAGGAGGACACACUGAAAGAUUUCCUUGAGAAACGAGACAGAGGGGAGUUGGCCAUUCAGCAAUCAUCCCGACUGAAAGAAACGAUACUCAAAAAGACUGAAUUAUCGGUAACACUGGAUGGAUUCCUUCACUUCGGUGACCGUGUCAUGCUUCGCAAUGAGGCUGACACCAACCAGGUCAAGACACAGCCUGGUGUGGAACCCCGACAGGCCAACACGCUGGCCGUCAACAUGUCUGAGAUGAAGAUGCACGAAUCGGUACAGUUUGAAGGCACGUGCAAUGUCAGUGGGAGCCGACUCCUAAUGCCCUGUGCAAGAAACACAUUUGUCAUACUUCCCGUGGAGGCAGGAAUUCCAGAGGGAACCCCACUCCGUUACGGCCAGCAUUUCUGCCUGAGCACACUCCCUGGCAUUGGAGGCGAUUUGAAGUUGAAGUCAGACAUAGCUACCUUCCAGCAGUCGGCCAAGAAGACUCGCAAGCAGCUGGUGACGUUUGAGGAGUGUGCCACCUACCUGAUCCACUGGCGCAUAUUGCACUUUGACCCCCAGCUCCGCAUGGAGACGGAGGGCCUGCCUGUGCCCGCCAACCAGAAGAUAAUUUUUAACCAUUGCAAGACCAAUCAAGACCUGUGCGUCAUCAGCGAUGCCACAGUUCGGACCCCUUUCGGACGGGAGUACGAGAUCGUGGCUUACACCGACCUGGACUCACACAAAGCAGAAAAGGACAUCAACCACUGGAUCAUCCAGACUGGUCACCCACCAGAGCCAACAGAUCCUGCUGCCACAUUACCUUUAGGUGCCCAACAGUGAGACUCCUAACUUUGCAACCCCUAAAAAUUGGAAAAGUCAAGGGUUUAUCAAUAAAGAUUUACUUAAACAGUCUGGGUAGUUUCAUUUUUGAAGAGGGGUAGGGAGAGCAGAUACAUAUUUCUGGUAUAUUGUAUGAUUUUUUUUGUAUAUACAUUUUGCAUUUUCCUAUUGAGAAGCUUCAUUGACAGGAACAGGCCCGAAAGUUAAAACUACCUGCAAUGAUUUUUGUGAAGACCGUAAGAGCAAACACAAUACAGGUCACAAGACCACGCACAAGUAAUAGGGUGAACGGUGACAGCUUAUGACUUAAUUCAGACUGGAGGUCUUGCCUUCAUCUUAUGGGGGAUCUUGUGAUGGUCUUGUGGGGUCCAGACUACUGAGGAACUGUGUUCUAGUCAGUAGUGAUAUUCAAAUGUCUACUGCUGUCACAAGCGUGGAGUGCUAGUAUGAGAACGACACUGACAGGAUGAUAAGCGAUACCGUGCACGAUAUGGGGCCGAUGGGUACCCCCCCCACAUGUCCAAUCCCUAUACACACUCUCGGCUAUUGUUA